CAGAUCAUUGUUAUUCCCAUAAUUUGACAAUCCCUUCCCAUCUGCCAUUCUCUCAUUUCAAACGUCAAAUUACUAUUGGUAACAAUCAAUUACUAACCAAAUUAAGAAAGGGUAAAGUUGUGUUGUGUACUUGAUAUGCCUUUAUAUUGUUCCACUUUGGGUGCAAGCUUCCCACGUAUCUUAGGACUUGGGAAGAGAAGUGAAAACUACACACAUAGUCAUAUAAAAACACCCUCCCAUUUUGGUUCUUGCUUUUUGUCUCUCAACAAUAAAUCCCCCAACACCCUUCCAAACCACAUUGCUUUUGUGUCAAAAUUAGACCAAAGUUUUUCUUCACCAGUGAUGGAGGAGGAGGAUCACAAAAUGUUUGGUCUUGUCUCAGAACCAGAGGAAUAUUGCAAAGAGUUAGGUGUUGCUGUCAGAGCAGUUCAAAUGGCAUGCUUCCUCUGUCAGAAACUUCAAGACACUUUGAUUUCCAAGUCUCGGAGCAACAAUAAUCUCAAUUCUCCUCUCACAGUUGCAGGUUGGAGUGUCAAAGCAAUUGUCAGCUGGAUAUUGUUUGAGUGUUUAGGGAAUGAAAAUGUCUCAAUUGUAACCGAAAAAGAGGUUCGGACACUAUCCAGUACUAAUGCAUCUGAACUGUUGGAAGCUGUGGUUAAAACUGUGAAUGAAUGUCUAGCUGAAGCGCCUCGAUUUGGAGUUGAAGAACCAAAAUCAACCCUUGGAACUUCAGAGGUUCUUGAAAUCAUUAGUCGCUGCAACUCAGUUGGAGAUCCUUCUGGAAGAUUCUGGGCACUUAGUCCUCUUGAUGGAGGGUCUUCAUGUGGUGAUCAACAUGUUGUAGCUUUAUCACUCAUAGAGGAAGGAGAAGUUGUGCUUGGAGUUCUUGGCUGUCCUAACUACCCUAUGAGAAAGGACUGGUUUAGUUAUCAUCACAGCUAUCUUAGGAUGAUAUCUAAGUUGGCUCCUCCAACCUCUCAAACUUGGAAUAAAGGUUGUGUAAUUUAUGCUAAAAGGGGUAGUGGCAAGGCUUGGAUCCAACCACUGCUCCAUGUCAAUGAUAAGUUUGUGUGGCCAAACCAUGCAAAACAAGUUUCUGUCUCUUCCAUUGACAACCUAGAAAUGGCCACUUUCUGCCAACCAGUUGAGAAGGCCAAUUUAAGCCACUCUUUUGCUGAAGGGCUGGCUCACAGUGUUGGUUUCAGUAAUCAGCCACUGAGAGUAUACAACACGAUGAAAUAUACGGCAAUAGCAUGUGGGGAUGCUGAGGUUUUCAUAAAAUUUGCAAGAGCUGGUUACAAGGAGAAAAUAUGGGAUCAUGCAGCCGGUGCUAUCAUCAUACAAGAGACUGGAGGAAUGGUAACAGAUGCUAAGGGGCAUCCACUAGACUUCUCAAAAGGUUUAUAUUUCGAAAGGCUUGAUCGUGGCAUAGUUGCUUGUGCUGGAGCCACAUUGCAUGAAAAGAUCAUUGAUGCUGUUGAUGCUAGUUGGGCCUCUUCUUGUCUUUGAAACUGCUAGUAAUUUACAUGUAUAUGGGAUAUAUACUGUGAUUUUAUGUGAAUAAUGUAUAAUCUUUUCUUUGUUGAUGUUGUUACCAAUUUGCUAGGGCGAAAUUAUUUUUGUUUAAUAUGUUGUGGAUAAAAGGUUGUGGUUGUUACUUUGUAUUCUAAAUGACAUUUAUUAGGGUGAUGCUAAAUACACCCAGCAUUUUAAGUGAA